AUGACCAAGACACAGUACACUUUCCCUCCUGGAUCGACCGUCCUGGUCACUGGGGCCAAUGCCUACAUUGGAUCGCACGUGAUCAAUAUCCUCCUCGGCCUUGGAUACCGCGUUCGCGGCACUGUCCGCACACCCCGACCUUGGCUGAAUGAGUACUUUGAUACUCGCUAUGGCAAGGGAUUGUUUGAGACAAUUCUGAUUACGGAUUUUAAAGAUCCCAGCGCAUUUGAUCAUGCGCUUACUGGGGUGUCCGGGAUAGUUCAUAUGGCCCAAGCUAUGCCAUGGGAUCCGGCAAACAGCGAUCCUGUAGGGUACACCGUCGCUGGAACGUUGAAUGUUCUCCGUGCUGCAUCCAGGGAACCCUCGAUCAAGCGGGUGGUUCUCGCUUCAUCCAUUGUUGCCGCGGGAUAUCCCGAGGUCAAUACGCCUUUUAGAUUUGAUACGGAUUCCUGGGAAAAGGCUACACCGGAAACUGCAAUUUCGAUAUACACUGUUUGCAAGACUGAAGGCGAGCGGCAGGCCUGGAAAUGGGUGGAAGAGAAUCAACCUUCAUUUGUACUAAACACAGUUCUCCCAUGGAUGAACUUUGGCCGGACUCUCCACCCCGAAAUUGGUAGCUCAGGCCACAAAUGGAUCCGAGGCCUUCUGAAGGGUGAUCCGUUUCCGUUCAAGGUGAUUCCCAUCCCAUGGUUCAUCGACGUAGAAGACUCCGCACGACUACACGUCAUUGGCUUGCUGAGUACGGAAGUCAAUUCGGAGCGACUAUUUGGUGCUGCAGCACCCUUUGUAUGGAGCGAUAUAACUGGGAUUAUGAAGAAGGCGGAUCCUAUGAACAAGCUUAUCCCAGAGGCACCACCGACGGAGAAGCCUAGUGUGGGAGAAGUGGUCCCAGCUCAACGAGCCGAGAACCUCAUUCGUACCUUCUUUGGACGACCUGGUUGGACUACCCUUGAAGAUUGUAUUAAAGCAACCGUGAAAACAGCCUGA